AUGGCAGACGCGCCAGGCAAUAAGUCAACAUGGACCGCCUUCCUCAAAAGUAUUGCGACCUUCACAGGCGACUUGUCGGCACUUACAGCGCCUAGUUUCAUCCUCAGUGGUACAUCAAUCCUCGAAUACAGCGCAUAUUGGGCAGAACAUCCCCAACUCUUACUGAAUAUCCAGCAGGAUGAUGCUGAAGCGCGUAUGCUUGCUUGUGUGAAAUGGUACUGUGCUACGCUCAAGGGCCAAUUCAGCGCACGGCACGAGUCAUCGGGUGGAGAGAAGAAGCCAUUGAAUCCAGUACUAGGUGAGGAGUUUCAUGGAUCUUGGACGAUUGAUGGGAAUGUUGGUGAAACUGUCAGAUUGACGGCUGAGCAAGUCUCGCAUCAUCCACCGAUUUCUAGUUAUCGCAUCGCUGCACCCAAUGGUAUCACGCUACAGGGGCAUAAUGGACAGAAAUCUGGGUUCAGCGGACGGACGAUUGUGGUGAAGCAAAUUGGUCAUGCUGUGCUCAAAGUUCCCUUUCAGCAAGGUCAGGGGAAGGAGACGUUCCUCAUCACACUGCCGCAGCUUGUGUUGGAGGGAUUGCUCUAUGGCGCGCCCUAUGCUGAAUUGACAGAGAAAUCCUACAUUGCCGCUUCAUCUGGUUGGACAACGGUAUUUGAGUACUCGGGGGCUGGAUGGCUUUCUGGCAAGAAACAUACACUCAAGGCAAAGAUAUAUCCACCGCAAGCCUGGGAGCAAGGAGAACCUGCAAAACAUGUCGUUGAGGGUCAAUGGACAGACACACUUACGAUUCGUUCACAAUCAAGUCAAGCAUCAGACGGCGAUUUGCCAUUCGUUGAGACGCAUGCAUUGCCUCGACAACCCAUUGCCGUGGAGCAAGUGAAGUCACCCUAUGAUUCACGCAAAUUAUGGGCUGGGGUGGCCAAAGCAUUGAAGGAGCAAGAUUUCGAGCAGGCCUCGAAGCUCAAGUCUGAGAUUGAGAAUGCACAGCGGCAAUUGCGGAAGGAGGAGAAGGAGGCAGGGAAGGACUGGACACGCAAGUACUUUGAGAAGUGCGAGGCCUUGGAGCCUGAAGUGCGGGAACUGGCAGAUAAGGUGAAGCUCCCUGAUACUGGGUAUUGGAUGUACAAGGGCACACAGUAG